AGGAUUUGGAACUUACAUAAAUAAAGAUGACAGAGUAUGGUUAACUGAUUAUCACACAUUUGAGAUUCGAAGAUUAUUUCCAAUUUUGAAGGACACUUUAUAUAGUACUUUACAUACUAGUUAUAACAUUUCUAUAAAGCAUCAUAAAAACUACACAGCUUUGUCAAAUAUGGAUAUGAAAGCAAUAAAUAUGGAUGAAAAUAAUAUGCAAUGGACACGUUUCAAAAUUACUCCCGCAAUGCCCGUGUAUUCCAUAGCGGCAGGUAUAAUCCAUCUCGCCUUUAUUUCAGAAACAAAUCAGAGCACAAGAUUGUGGUGUAGAACAAACAUGAUAUCACAUGUACAAUUUGCAUACUCAGUUAUUAAAAAUAUUACGCGGUACUUAAACAAUAAAGUGCCAAACAGUAAGAAAAUUUUGGAAGUAAAUCAUGUCGCGAUUCCGAAAUUAUUAGCUGAAGGAGAAGAGACAAAGUUGGGAAUCAUUUUUUAUAGAGAAGCAGAUAUUAUCUUCAAUCACGAAACAGAUUCUGAGAUACGCAAAAUUGAAAUAACACAAGUUAUAGCAUAUAAGGUGGUGCGUGAAUGGCUUUAUAAUGCAAUUGAUCCAAUUAAGUGGGAACCCUGGUUAAGCAAAGGUUUUGUUACGUUCUUUGGAAUUUAUAUCGCUAAUGAGAUAUUUCCACAUCUGCGAAUACAAGAUUUUUUUCUUAUUCAAAUGCAACAUGAUGUUCUUCAUUGGAGCACUAAGGACACAUGGCCGCUCACAAUCGAAUCAGAAUUCAAUAGCUUUUUUGACAUUUCUCGUUACAUCAAAGCAAGCAUUAUGUUCCACACGAUGCAAAUUAUAUUCAUCAAACAGAUGUUUGCAAUCAAGUGGUAUUUACAAGAUCAAUACAUAAGCAGUAGUAUUUUCUGGAAUAUUAUGCAAUCUAUCGUGGAUGCAUCACCUUUCAAAAUUAAAUACAAUUUAAAAGACUGGAUAACUAAUUGGACACUAUUAAAUAAUUAUCCUGUGAUAAAUGUGAAAAGAAAUUAUAAAAUUAGCAGUUUGAAUAUAUCGAUAGAAAAUUUUAAUACAAAUAUAUCGAUACAUGGGAACAUUAUUACGCGGACGCAUUCCGAUUUGGAAUUUUUGCCUGAAGUAUGGUUAACACCACAUACAUCGUAUCAUACAUUAACUAUAGAUUUCGUAGACAAGAAUGAUUGGAUAUUGUUCAAUUUAGAACAAAAUGGAUGCUAUCGCGUCAAUUAUGAUGCCGAGAAUUGGAAUAGACUUUCGAAAUAUCUGAACUCCAAUUCCUUUGGAAAAAUACAUGUUCUCGAUCGUGCUAAAAUCAUCGACGACACAUUUCAUUUUCUGAUGACAGGCCAAUUAAAUUCUACUGUAUUCUUGGAUAUUUCACAUUAUCUAUGGCGAGAUAGAGAUUACAUCGCAUGGUAUCCUAUGUUCAAAAACUUGGAAUAUAUGUCGGGUUUCUUUGCAUUUUCAGAAAGUGCACCUAUAAAGAAGGAAAUAAUGCAAUCAUUGAAUGAGAUGUUAUUGGAAAUAAAAUAUCCCGAUUUUAAAUCAGAUACCAUCAUUCAGGAAAGCGUUUUCACUGAAUGUUUGAGGCAAGAGGUUGCAAGAUGGUUAUGUAUUUUAGGUCAUGAUUAUUGCUUGCUAAAAGCAUAUAAUGAAUUAAAGCUGUAUAUUUACAAUCGUAACAAAUCUUUACAAUCCAAAAUUUGGAUGGGAUGGAAAGAAUGGAUAUUCUGCAAUGGUUUGAUGAUAGCGAAUAACUAUAAUUGGACACAGGUGUUUGAUGUAUAUUUGAAAGAAUCCGAUUUUAGUGUUUUAAAAUUUUUGGCUUGUUCCAAUAGUUCUUCAAUAAUUGUCCAAUAUAUGCGUUUAAUGGUUAAUGUGAAAACAGUUAUCGAUCGUAUAAACAGUUUUUGUUUUAUUGUUGCGAGGCAUGCAAAUAAUAUCCGAAUACUUGAUUUCAUAUUAUACAAUUUGGAAAAAAUGAAACCUAUACAUAUGGAUGUUAUUCCAGCAUUAACUAUGAUCAUUAACCAUGUAUAUUCUAAGCAACAAAUUGACCAGAUAAAGGAAUACGUGAAAAAUAAUAUCCAGGAUGUUCUAAAAUACUCAGUUUCUCCUCCCACUAAUGAUGGUAAAAACGAUGAUAAGGUAAUUGAAUCCUUGCGUAAAAAGAAAAUAACAAGUAUAAUAACUUAUGUAAACCGUAAGCUAGAUCUACGUUGGAAUCAAAUAAGGACUCAACUGUACAAAUAUCGAUAUCUUAUAAAAGACUUUGAUGAUGUUUUUAGAGCAUACUAGGCCAAUUAAUCAAUUAAAUCAGGAAAAGAUAGAGAAAUAUUUUUAUGAAUGGAGAUUAUAAGACACAACGUACCGGUAGAUGUAACUUUGUAAACACAAGAAAAAAAUAAGAUAUUUAAUAUAUAUUGAAUGAGUGUUAAAUAAUUGCAACAAAAAUAAUACUAUGGUGUCGGCUGAAUAAUGCAAAAGAUAGGGAGCGAAUUACACCUGUGACACAAUGACAAAAAGGAAUUAGAAAAGAAAUAGAAAAGGGCAAUUAUAACAUAUGCACACUAUAGUAGCGCAGUGGUGGUAAAAAUAAAUACUUAAUUUUUUAUGAUAAUAACUCUAGAAAAAGAGAAGAAUAAAAAAAUGAACAAGCGGAUGAUAUAUAA